UCAUGGGAUAUAAAAACUCCGUGAUAUUUUCCAUCCUCUUGUUGGGUAUCCUUGGAAUAUCAUCGGGAGAAAAUAUUCAGAGGAAUGUGGUAUCUCGGGAGGAGUUUGAGGAUUUGAAAAAGCUUGUUCAAUUUUUAAAUGAGAAGGUUGAAGACCAAGAACAGAGACUGGCAGAACAAGAUAUUGAAAUUAACACUCUAAAACGUGAUGUUCAGAAAAAGGAUGAAUUCAUAAGAAAGAUGUCAAUCAUUUCAAAAGAAAAAUCUGCGAGUAAAGAAGAAAUUGAUUUACGGGGACACAACAUAGCAAAGAGGAGCGAUAGUGAAAUUAGUCUACCUGGCAACUUUAAGCGAAAAUUACACAGAAUAGUCCCAGCUCCUACAGAAUCUGUGGUGGCCUUCUACGCCUACAUGUCAGCAAACGAAAUCAACCCAGGCGCCCAUCAUACACUCAUAUAUGACCAUGAAGUGACCAAUAUUGGAAACGGAUACAGCAAACAUUCCGGAACAUUUACUGCUCCUGUGGGUGGAGUGUACGUCUUUACAUGGAACACAUUUACAGUAGCUAAUUCCGGUCAGUAUAUGUCUAUUGAAAUCACACAGAACAGCCAACCAGUUGGGGCGACAUUCGUACAAGGUGGAGGUGACUACGCAGGAGUAACGGGAACAGUUGUACUCUCUGUCCAAAAGAAUGACGUCAUUUAUACGAGAACUCAUUCAACGUAUGCCCCCCAUGGAUCUAUUAGAAGCGACAACUUAAUGAGGUCCACCUUCUCUGGAUGGUGUCUAUCAUGUCAUUAAAACAAUGAAAAUAAAUUGAAUAUACACAA